AAGGGUGGAUUCUUAGAAACAGGUGCUUGUGACAAUGGGAAGUCAAAACAUGCUUUCUGUGUUGCUGUUGUUGAUGAUAUGUGACGUGACUAAUGCUGUUUCUGCUCCACUCUAUCCAUUUGGGUCGGGAGACACUGAGAAUCCCAGAUUAGAUGAUGGAGGCUCCCCUCUUAUAGCCCUGCAACACCCAUUUGUGUAUUUUGGAACCACCUACAAUCAGAUAUAUGUUAACAACAAUGGAGACCUGACGUUUACCGAACCAUGGAACACGUUCGCACCAUAUGUGUUUCCUGGAUAUUCCACAAGAGAUCUCAUAGCUCCAUUCUGGACUGACAUGGACAAUCGAUUGAAUGGAGUCAUUUCAUACCAGCAGUACACCAGUGGUAGUGUUCUUCAACAGGCAACACAAGACAUCAAUCUGUACUUCCCAAAUCUGGGCUUCUCUGCUAAUUGGGUCUUCAUUGCUACAUGGGAUAGGGUCCCCUACUACCCUACCACAUCAACAGAAACCACCUUCCAAGUGGUUCUGAUAACUGGUGCCCAACGCUCUUUUGUCCUGAUGAACUAUGGGGUUAUUGCACUGGCACAGCGCAACGUUCAGGCUGGCUAUGACACAGUCAACUCUAUCAACUUCUUCUCAAUCCCUGGGUCAUUUCAAAGCAAUUUUACAGUUUUCAGCACCACCAGUAAUGUCAAUGUUGCAGGCCGCUGGGCCUUCCGCACAGACCAAGGAUCUAGAGGCUGUACUUUCAAUGGCUCUCCGGUCCAGUUGGGUUACUCAUUUUGGAGUGACAACAGCUGCAGACAGAGGUGCACAUGCACCAGCAGUGGCAUGCAGUGCCAGAACCAGCCCUGCUCUUUUUCCCAAAUCUGUCGUCCCGACACUUUCCAGUUCUCCUGUCAAACGAUUCAACGCAGCACCUGCACCAUUUCAGGUGACCCCCACUACUACACCUUCGACGGGCGCCUUUUCCACUUUCAGGGUACCUGCACCUAUGUCCUGUCGGAGGAGUGUGGCAUUGGUUUGCCUUACUACCGCGUAGAAGGAAAGAACGAGCACCGCGGAAGCACCCAUGUGGCUUGGACUCGUAUGGUGAGGGUGUCAGUCUACAACACGGAGAUAGAGAUGGUCACAGGACACCGAGCUGAAGUAAAGAUCAAUGGAACCUUCGCCUCCACCCCGUUUUCACUCCGAAAUGGCACCAUCCAGGUUUACCAAUCUGGUUUCUCGGUGGCAGUCAGCACCGACUUUGGUCUGCUUGUGACGUACGAUGCCUACCAUUAUGUCACAAUCAAUGUACCUGCUGACUAUUUCAACAGCACAUGCGGUCUGUGCGGAACAUUCAACAACCACCCCGAGGAUGAUUUCCGCUCCCGCUCGGGACUGGUCCUGGCCUCUGAUGUUGACUUUGCUAACAGCUGGCAGUCAGCGGAGGAUGAUGACCCAGCCUGUCAUAGGAUCCAGUGUGCUGGGUUAAGCUGUGCCAGCUGCACAGAUGCUCAGAGAAGUCUCUAUGGCAACAAUGCCUACUGUGGCAUCCUCCAGGACCCAACUGGACCGUUCGCCCCAUGCCACGCCCAGCUUCCCCCACAGACCUAUGUGGAGAACUGCCUCUAUGAUCUGUGCGUUGGGGGAGGGUACCAGCCCAUCCUGUGCCAGUCCCUCAACGCGUAUGCCACCCAGUGCCAACAAAGGAACAUACACCCGGGACUGUGGAGGAGACAAGGAUUCUGUGAAAUCUCCUGCCCAGCCAACAGUCACUUUGAGUCCCAGGGCACAGGCUGUCCCGCCACCUGCAACAACCUUAACGCCUCCAUUGGCUGCCCCCUACCUUCCCAGGAGAGCUGUAUCUGUAACACGGGUUACGUCCUCAGUGCGGGGGUGUGCGUACCCCUCGCCCAGUGUGGCUGUACCUUUGAGAACCGCUACUACAGUUCUGGAGCGACCAUCAUCCUGGACGAGAACUGUGGCAGGCGCUGCAGCUGCAACCAAGGAACCAUGACUUGUUAUUCCAAUAGGUGUAGUGAACUUGAGGCCUGCGUGGUGGUGGAUGGGGAGAGGGGCUGCAGACCCACCAGCUACUCCACCUGCUUGGUGGAGGGACAAGGACUUUACCGCACUUUCGAUGGAGUCUCUUUCCAGUACCCCGGGGCUUGUGGUUUGAUUGUGUCCAGGGUGAUGGGCUCGUCCCUUUACCCUCACUUUGUGGUUACAGUAGAGAAAGUGCCCACAGGUCAGCAGGGCUUUCACCGACUGCUUAAGUUUGAGGCGGAGGGGACACAGGUGGCCAUUGAGAUGGGAAGUGGGAGUGUUGUGCAGGUGGACGGUCAGUUGGUCCAAGUGCCCUUCAGCACCGUGUCUGGCCGCAUCCAAGUCUUCCACAGUAGUAUCUACAGCAUUGUCCUCCGCACCGCCUUCGGUGUCACCGUACAAACUGACUGGCCUCACUUGGUCCGCAUCACUGCACCGGGCACUUACAACAACUCUCUCGGUGGCCUGUGCGGCAACUACAAUGGCAACGGGGCGGACGAAUUCAGCACCCCAGAUGGUGUCCCGGUCAACAACUCUAUGCUCUUUGGGGACAGUUGGCGGGAUGGAUCCCUCUCUGCAUUCUGUGUAGAACCUUGGGGGGAGCCAAGAACUGGGCAGAACACCAGUGCUUACUAUUCUGACCAGUCAUGCGGCCUCAUAGCUUCACCUCGAGGACCAUUCUCUUUGUGCCAAAGCAUGUUGGAACCUCGCCAGCGAGUGGAGGAGUGUGUGCAGAGUUUGACUUUGUCAGGCGGGGCGCAGGAGGUCCUGUGUGAGGCUCUUCGAGAUUACGCUCUGCUGUGCCAACAGAACGGCAUCACAAUUGGAGACUGGAGGAGUAUCACUGAUUGCAGACAAACCUGUCCCACCAACAGCCACUAUGUCCUGUGUGGCACCUCUUGUCCUGCUUCCUGUCCCAGUCUUACCUUCCCCUUUUCCUGUGUCGCUACGUGCCAGGAGGGAUGCCAGUGUAAUGACGGCUUCCUGCUCAGCGCCAACCAAUGCGUAGUGCCAACUGGCUGCGGAUGCACCUACCACGGGCGUUACCGCCAAGGUGGAGAGAGUUUCUGGGACGGAGAUAUGUGCCAGAGCCAGUGCACCUGUAACGGCACCACCGGAGCAGUCCAAUGCACCCCAUAUGCCUGUGCUCCCGACGAGUCCUGCCGCGUGGUGGACGGUGAGUACGGCUGCCACCCCAACCCCAGUGGCACCUGCUCAGCCUCCGGGGACCCCCACUACCGCACAUUUGAUGGGAAGACAUUCGAUUUUCAAGGCACCUGCCGCUACGUCUUGGCUACACUUUGUGGGAACACCACAAGAGGGCUGCAGCCCUUUUCGGUGGAGGCCAGGAAUGAGCAAUGGAACGGGUUAACGGUUUCCAUCACGGCUGAGGUGUUCGUCAACGUGUGGAACCACCAGGUGCACAUUUCCAGGAACAGGGUUGGAGUGGUUGAGAUAGAUGGUGUGACCAGCAACUUGCCUAUCCUCUUGAAUGGAGGACAGGUUUCCAUCUACGCGAGUGGAUUCCGCACAUUUGUCAUCUCUGACUUUGGCCUGAGUGUCAGCUAUGAUGGCUCAAGUGUUGUGUCCAUCUCUGUCCCCUCCAAUUACAGUGGAAAGACCUGUGGGCUGUGCGGAAACUUCAAUGGCAAUAGCAAUGAUGACUUCCUCACCCCCUCCCAAGCUCUGGUGUCUACUCCAAUCCUGUUUGGUAAUUCCUGGAAGGUAGAGGACAACUACACCUGCAGUGAGGGCUGUGGAGCCUUCUGUCCAACCUGCGCCGACCCAACUUCCGCUCGUUCCCAGUGCGACAUAAUCAGGGUUGUUGAUGGACCUCUGAGCUUUUGUCACAGCCAGGUGGACCCUGAGCCAUACUUCAACGACUGUGUGUUUGACGUUUGCCUGUCUGGGAACAGAGGCCAGGAUGUUCUAUGCAGGGCUAUUCAGACAUAUGUGAGCGCCUGCCAGUCUACCAACACUAGGAUAUAUCCCUGGAGACAGAAUACCACUUGCAGGAUUGAUUGUCCAGCGAACAGCCACUAUGAGCUUUGUGGCACAUACUGUGGACACACGUGUGCCAGCAGCAUUGAUGCCAGCUGUGAGCAGAGCUGCUCUGAGGGUUGCUUCUGUGAUCCAGGUUACCUCAGGAGCGCAGGCCGUUGUGUUCCUGUAGAACAAUGUGGCUGCCAGUACAAUGGCUACUAUUACAAUGUUGGUGAGUCGUUCUGGACCAAUGGCUGCUCUCAACACUGUCAGUGCUACGCCCCCAAUGACCUGCGCUGCUCGGCCACAUCCUGCACCCCCAAACAGGAGUGCACCAUCAGAAAUGGCCGCCUUGGCUGCUUAAGCACCUUGUCCACAUGCACGGUCUGGGGUGACCCCCAUUAUGUCACCUUUGAUGGGGCUUUGGCACAUUUCCAGGGCACCUGCUCCUAUGAAAUUGCCAAGACCUGCAACCAGUCCAGCAAUGACUUCGCAUUUCGUGUGGUAGCCACUAACCGUCACCGCGGCAACAACCAUGUAUCGUUUGUGUCACUGGUGGAUGUUUGGCUGUCCAGCAGAGGAGUUCAGACCCAUGUCUCCAUUGAACAGAGCAAAAGAGUGACGGUGAAUGGGAACGAAGUCGCUAUCCCCUCCUCUGUCGGCUCAAUUGCCGGACUGGUGCAGGAGCAGGGCUACGUGGUGCUUAACUCCAGUGACCUCGAGGUCCAAUACGAUGGCCAGAGCACCCUACUUGUCAGACUGGCCAGAAGCCACCAAGGCCUGGUGUGUGGGAUGUGCGGCAAUCUCAACGGGGACCCAGGCGAUGACAAAGUUCUGCCCAACGGCACUCUGGCAACAAGUGACAAUUACUUUGGCGAUGGUUGGAAGGCAGACAUUAGCCAGCCCGGAUGCGGGGCAUCCGAUAACAGAGAUGGAAAUGGUGACUGCCCCUUCAGGCAGGAAUACACUGACCUCUGUAGCAUCAUCACCAACACCACUGGCCCUUUCAGUGCCUGCCACCUGCACGCUGACCCCCAGCCAUACUUCACUUCCUGUGUCUACGAUCUUUGCCAGUACACUUCUGCCAAUGGGAUGCUAUGUUCUGCAGUGGCGACUUAUGAGGCAGUCUGCUCCAGCUUGGAUGUCAAUAUCCAAGAUUGGCGAACAGCUCUGCUGUGUGCUGAUCCUGACCCAUGCAAUAAUCUGGGCUGCACUGAUGAUGAGUGGUGCGGGGAGAAGGAUGGAAUCUACGGCUGUUUCUGUAAUGAAAACAACCCUCGGCCAAACAACGACAGCUAUGAUUCAUAUACGACUUGCUCCAGCAGCUCAGCCAACAUGUCUCUGUCCCGUUGCCAGCUCUUUGAGGCUGGUUUCUCCCCUGAGGUCCUGCACCUCACUGACUCCUCCUGCCAUGGGACCGUCCGAAAUGGACGUGUGGAAUUCCGCUUCGACAACGACAACCAACUUUGCGGGACGAUUCUUACAAACAAUGGUUCUUACUUGAUCUAUCAGAACUUCAUCCGGGGUGAAGUGGAGCACAGCAGAGGGUUGAUCAACCGUGAGAGAGAGAUCAACAUGCGCUUCAGCUGCGAGUACCUCAUGUCCCAGUCUUUGUCCAUGCCCAUGGACCUCAACCCUCUGGAGAGCGUUGUGACCAAGAGGCUUCCCUCUGGUACAGGCCGCUACCAAAUGUGGAUAACGCCAUACCAGGAUGCCGGCUUCCUCCACCCGUUCUCCGGUUCUCAUGUCAGUGUGGAGAUUGAUCAGAUGAUUUACAUUGCUGUUCGAGUAGACGGAGUGGACAGUCGUCAGAUCUCCACGGUCCUAGACUCAUGUUGGGCCACACCAGUCAACAACCCAGACUACGCUGUCCGCUGGAAUCUUAUCACUAGAGAGUGCCCUAACCCUGAAGAUGGCACGGUGGCACUGAUCCAAAACGGUGUCUCUACAACAGCCCGCUUCUCCUUCCGGAUGUUUACCUUCACCAGGAAUUCAUCCACGGUCUACUUACACUGCCAGAUCCACCUUUGUCUGCUGCGUGGCAACGACUGCACCGCCCACUGCUACCCAGGUUACCACGGCAGAGGACGCAGGGAUGUUUCCUUCCACGACACCUCUGCCAUUUCCAUGGGACCUCUUGUUUUGAAUGCAAGAGACAGAGAUACGUGGAUUCCCAUUACGGACAGGAAGAGUGACGCCCCAGGUCAGAUUGGCACUCUGGUGACCCUGCAGCUCUUGGUCCUCCUGAGUGUCACAAUGCUGAUUUAGCAAUAGCAUGUAUGGGAAACAUAGGCUUAGGUCCCGCCACGAACAAUUAUUUUGUUACUUUAAAUUAGGGUGAUGGGGUAGAUAUAAGAAUAGAUAUAGGGGUAUUGUCUUACACAAUGAAGGGGAUCAAUCUUUUUUAUACUUUUAUUCAUGGUAACAAAACUGUUUGAUUUAAAUGGUGACAGUGUUUAUUUGCGUUUACAAUGAAGGAGAUUAACUUUUACUGUAAAAUGUUUCAUACUAACAUUAAUUUUUGAUUGAAGUGUUGAGGUUAACAAUGAUGGGAAUCAGCCUUUACCGUAAUAUCAUUCAUGUCAAUAAAAAUGAUUAAGUUAGUGACAGUGGAAAGGUUUACCUGUCAAAUAUGCAGUAAUAACAUGAAUUCAAUGCAAUUCCCUCAUGCCAAUCAAAAUGUAAUCCUGUUUAGAUUGUUUACAAUUAAUAAACUAUAUAUUUAAUUGCAUCUAUGA